AUCCCAGGAGGAAGAGACAGACUGGUGCAUAAUACCUACUUGGUUGGUCGUAUGUUCUGGUUGGAUGAUGCAGCUAGGUCUGAUGUGUGUUGGGGAACCACUCAACCAAACUUUGACUAUGUGCAGGUAUCUCCAGUGUUUCUGACCCAGUCACUCCUGGAGAGAAUGAGAAAUAAUUUCACUGUGAUUGAAGUCUGGGAUAAAAAGACAUCUGCUCAACACGACCAGUUACUAGGUAUUGCCAAGCUCCCUUUACAUCAGCUUUACAUGUCGUAUAGAGACCAAAGAAUUGGCAAGACAUUGCUCAAGUCACAGUAUCCUGUUGUAGCUGUAGACAAUGAAAUACCAAUAAAUGACCCCUUCACUGGUCAGCGCUGUGGACAGCUGACCAUACUCCUAGCUCUAGGAUCACAGCAACAGGUUUCUGCUUUACAGAGGUUGAAAUCUAUCAGACGAGAUGCUACUGAUGUACCUGAGAGACCAGUGCACUAUGGAGAGAGAGCUAGUGUUCACACUGCCGAUCAAGAAGUAGAAGACACAGGCGCAGUUGAACAUGUCUUUGAGGUAGUCAUUGAAAGCAUCCAGGGUUUGCCUCAGCUUGAAGACUCAGUAUGGGGAGAGGCUGAUUGUUUCAUUCAAUAUCACUUUCCUCAUCAACAACAUCAAUUACAGCAACAGCAGGAGUUUGGAGGUCUACUCCAAGACAAUAGUCUAACUCUCAGACCUCACCGUACUCCUACUACUCUAUGUGUUCCUGAUCCUGUAUUCAAUGAUGUAUGCAGACAUAGGAUAGUCUUGGUUCAAGGCACUCCAGUACAAAGGGAACUUCUCACAGCCUGUGCAGGAGUAGGAGGCCAUGCUGGAGGUAUACCAUUUGAGGUUUGGUGUCGAUUCUACUACCCUAACGUCAGGGAUCAAGUCAUUGCUAAGGCUACCCUACCAUUAGCCAAGCUAUGUGCCAUGGUUACCAUGCAGAGGAGAGGUGAGCCCAGUGUCCAGACAUUCUCAUUGCCUCUUCGUACUCAUCAAGAUGACCAACAGAGGGCAGCAGAUGAAACAGGUGCAAUGCUUCAUGACAGUGGACUAUUAGAUGUAACAGUAAGCUAUAGACAGACUGUGAUCCAACACAGAACCAAUCCAUCAAGAGAGAUAGGUGCUACAGCUGGGGGUCCUCAUGUAUCCUUAGCACUCACUAUUCACAGAGCUUGUGGUCUCAAGUCUGCAGCAACAUCUCUAGCUCGUCAUGACAAUGGUAUGCAGUAUCCUAGUGAGGUUGGAGUCAAUGCAUAUAUCAAGAUACAACUAUCAUUCUUGGCUAAGGAUGAGGUGCGUGUAACAAGAACCAUAGCCAGGAGUUUCUGUCCAGAUUACAACCAUCAUGUAGAGCUUCCAUGCCCCCUCCUCCUAGCUCCCAGGGAGGGGGAAGAUGAUGAUGUGAUGAGUCUAGCUGAGGCAUUAGAAUCUGCUGAUCUCAUCUUACAAGUUUGGCAUCAGGUACCUGGUUUGAGAGCAGGUGAUGGUGAGAGACCACAUCAUAUUGAAGAUGCAUUACUUAGAGGAAGUGGAGGUGGUAUGAGAGGUCAUCGGGUCAUUGCCGACACUGGAGAUAUACUGAUUGGUUCAGCUACUAUCCCACUUGUCAAGCUGUUAGCAAACAGAACUGGUCUUGAAGGUUGGUUUCCCAUCAGUCUACCACCCAUCAGUUGGGACACCACACCCCACCCUAGGCAGCAUGACCCCCUGAGUGACACACCAGAUGACACACCCCAGCCCCACCCCAAGCUGCUUGACAGGGUAGCAGGAGGGGUAGAGCUAGCGGUCAAGUUUGGACAUCAAGCUGAUCGUGAGAGGGUCAUUGAUGCUGGACGUAAGGUUGGAUGGAGUCCUGAUAGUCUGGUCCUAGAGGAUGCCCAAGAGAUCUGGGAUGAUGGACCCCAGGAACAAGGGUCAUCUAGUUCAUUAUCCUGUGAAGUGACCAUUGAUGUUGAUGGUGCUUGGUUCCCUGUCCAGUCAUCACUCAGACCUGGUCAAUCUCAGCUUGACCCUCACACCAAGGCUUACAUCAGAUAUAAGUUCUACGACAAAGGUGCAGUAUGUUCCAAGCUAUGUUACCUUGAUCAGACAGGAGAAGGUCAACUCUGUGCUGAUCUCAAACACUGUCAUGUUCUUCAUACCAAUCAGUCAUCACCAUUUGCUUGGUACUUACGUGAGGAACAAUUGGAGGUCCAGCUGUGGCUGAGCUACAGUACUGAACUCCAUAAGGAAAGCAAAGCCAGACCUCGGCAUAGAGACAAACUGAUAGGUUGUGCUUACAUUGAUCUUUCUCCUCUAUGUCAUCAAAGGGUCAAGAGGCGUCGGGUCAGUGGUGUGUUUCCUAUGUACAAGCCAGGGUGUGCUGAUAUGGGAGGGGCAUGUCUCAGAGCUCAUGUUACUAUGAGAGUCACAUCAGAACAGAAGCCAGGAACAACUCAUCAGACGGAUCUAUGUAAGAGAAUACGGGAUGAUGAAAGCAUUGAUGAAGAAACACAACCCAAUCAAGACACCAAAGAGAGUGAAGGAGUGCAGGAGAAAGUGAAUGAAGAGGAAGGGGAUAGACAGAAGAAUCAACCAGUUUGGAUGACAGUGAUAGUGGAAAGAGCCAUGCGUCUGAGUGACUUUACUGAUCCAUCAAGGGCUGAAUCCAUUCCUCCAAGCUCAUAUGUAACCUUCCAGUCAGCCAUUGGUCCAUCUCCUGCCAUUACUCCUACCGUACCAAACUCAAACAAUCCUCAGUGGAAAUAUAACAGAGAUGUGGCUAUCAGUCCUCAGCUACUGGAUAAUCAGAGUCUGGUUUUCAAGAUUUGGCACCAGAUCUCAAGCAAGCAAGAUUCAACUUGUGACCGAGUUUUGGGUUUCACAUCAGUAGAUCUAGGACCCCUGCUGGCAGGUAUAAGGUCUCUAGAUGGCUGGUAUAAUAUCAUGGACUUCUCAGGCCAGACACUGGGACAGAUCAAGAUAUCAAUCACACCAAAGGAAUCUAUAUCACCAUUGAGGCAUUCUCCAAAACAAAGAGCAUUAUUGGGAUCACCAAACAGUUCCAAUCUCUUCAGUCGUGCACCCCUUCCUCCUCAAUACCUCCUCCCAUCAUCAUCCUCCAACCAUCCUGUCAGUGGUUUACCAUCCUCUCAUCCUGCAGCAAGGAGUCUUGAUCACUUCCAACAGCAUCUACAAGGGGUCAGGGAGUUCCAUGGUAAACUACAAGAGAGACUCAGAAGUCUUCAUAGAAUGGAGACAGAUACAGGAUCAUCAGAUGAUGGAAUCCAACACACAAUCACUCAGGAUCAUCCAGCGACAAAAACACAACAGAGUGACUACCAAUCUCAUCUUGCAGAAAGGACACCAUCAUCAUCAUACCUCUUGGAAAACUUCAGGAAAAACAUGGAAGAAUUAGAUGAGCUUCACCAGCAUCUCAAGACCAAACUUUCAGGAGGAGAGACAUCAUCUCAAACCCCAGCAACUCAUCAUGGUAAUGCUGGUAGUGAUGCAGAGAGGAGGCAGAUUUCUGGAGAUAGUAAUGGUGUAGGUGCAAAGCAGGGAGGAGAGUUUAGAACUUUGGAUAAUGUGGUUGACGACCACACAGAGUCUCAUGGGAAUGCCAAUAAUAAUCACCAUCAGCUGCAUCAACAGCAGUAUGAUCAUCAGUAUCAACAUCACCAGCAAUACCGAGAUCAAGAUCAUCUUGAAGGUCAUAGAACUGUCCUCGAUGAUGGAGUAGAGAGAACUGAAUCAAGAGAUGAUGAUGAUAGAACUAGUAACUGGAGCACGGAAGGGUAUCCCUCGGAUGAAGUGUUGCAUGGCCACACCAAUAAAGAUAGAGACAAUCAUCGGGGUAGUGGUAGAGUAAUGAUGGACCUAAAGUAUGAUUAUAGCAAUAGGAGAGAUGAUGGUGGUAUAGAAGAUGAUGGUGAUGAUGAUGGAGAUGGUGGUGAUGGAAGGCAUCAGUUCUUGGAGGAUGGAGCUGCAGGUGGAGAUUAUGAAGACAGCAUGGUCUAUGUGAGACCACUGAAUGACAUAUCAUCACCAGCCUUCAGUAAUGGUUUCAGUGAUGAUGUCAUAAGCCCACCAUCAUCCAGACUUCGCCCCUUCCUCCCAUCUUCCUCUCAGAGUAAUACCGUUGAGGAUGAGGUACAUUCUCAUAGUGAUGGUCAACACAAAUCUAGAAAUGUAGAUGACCUUUUGACAAACACUGAUAGACUUAGUGGUAGGACUGAUGUAGAGGAAUACUCUAACAACUUUAAUGCCAUGGAAGAUAAUUACCAUGGCAACCAAAUCAGUGAUGGAUUCCAUGAUGGUAGAGGAGGAGUUGAGGAGCAUGAAGAUUUGCAGUCUUAUCAAGGCAUGGACCCCACCCACCAUGCUGGCUCUGAUGGGAUUGACAAGGACAUGGUUGAUGAUAGCCAGGCUGAACAAGAUAAUGUCUUGCAGGGGUAUAGAACUAAUGACCUGCAGAAUUUGGCAACACAAAGUGACCAUACCACCAGUGCAUCAGAUCAUACAGAUGUCACUUCCAACAUGGUAAGGACAAGAUCAUCUACCGGUACCAGCGGUAGUAGCCCUGAUGAUGGAGGGAUGAGAGACGCUAGCCAUGACAGUGAUGGUAUUGGUGGGAGAGUAGGAGAUGGUGAUCUUGAUGAUGAUGAUGCUGUGGAGGAUGGCAUUGUUUUGACACUGAAUGCUCAAGAAGCUGAACUGCAGAGACAGCAACUGGAGUUAGAGGAUGCUGAAAGAGCAGCAGCAGCAGUAGUCAGACCAAAGGAACACCUUACGAACACCAUUAGUAACACACUCCCUGAUUUCUUCUUGCCACCCACUGACCUUGAAGCAUCAAUGAGGGCGCUCUAUAAUACUGUAUCUGGUCCAACGUCCCAUGAAUUGAAUGCCAGAGACAGAGCAAAGUUUGAGGCAGCCCAAGAGAUGGCACAACGCCUUGGUUCGGGAGGUCAACAGAGGUCACAAGCCACAACUCGUACUCCGCUGCUGUUCUCCUACAAACAACCUACAGCUGACCAAGCCAAGAGAAUCGCUAAGAUUUUCUCUGCUAAGUUUUAGGAAGCUGAAAUGCUGAUCUUC